AUGAGUACAAGAUUCAGUUCACCAGUUUUUAUGGACACAUGUAAUCAUUAUAGUCGUAAAGAUCGAAAAUAUCGAAAGAAUAUCUUUGAAGUAAGAGUUGAUGAACCAAUUGAUGUAGAAAUGAAAAAUCAUCCAGUUUACAACAUUGAUCCUGGUGGAUGUAGUAGUACAGUCGAUGAGAGCGUAACGAAUGAUUCAUACAAUAAACCAUGGGAAUCUAGCAAUACAAAUACAGGGCAUUAUCCAUAUCAUUGUGACACGGAUCUGGAAGUAUGCAGUCAAUCAAACUAUAUUGAUGUAUAUAAUAAUAAUAAUUGUGAUUACAAAAAACUGCCACAUAAUACGUCAACGGAAUUUAAACACUUUCUUGCUCCUCCACCUCAGGAAUGUACACAAAGAAGAACAUCACUUCAUGGUAAAACAAUAACAAUACGUAUAAGUCGUAAUGAAACCAGAUAUCGCAAGUUGCAAGCUAAAAUUUAUAAUUUUCUUGAAAGACCGAAAACAUGGCCCUCUGUAAUAUAUCAUGUGUUUGUAUUUGCCUCAGUCUUUGGUUGUCUCGUUCUCAGUGUGUUAUCUACAAUUAAUGAGUAUGCAGAAUCAGCCGGACGAGUUUUACUUUACAUGGAACUUGUAAUACUCUUUUGGUUUUUUGCCGAAUAUUGCCUACGUUUAUGGAGUGCUGGUUGCCGAUCCAGAUAUCAAACAUGGCGUGGAAGGUUACAUUUUGCAAGAAGACCAUUUUGUAUUGUAGAUGUCAUUGUUAUUGUCGCCAGUGUAGUCGUUCUUGCUGUAGACAGUGACAGGAAUAUGUUUGCAGCAAGUGCACUAAGAGGAUUGAGAUUUUUUCAAAUUUUACGUAUGAUACGAAUGGAUCGCAGAGGCGGAUCAUUUAAAUUAUUAGCAUCUGUUGUAUGGGCACAUAGACAAGAAUUGUUCACAACGGUGUAUAUUGGAUUUUUAGGUCUUCUAUUCAGUUCAUUCUUGAUAUUUUUAGUUGAAAAGAAAGAAAAUGAAAAAAUUCGUACAUAUGCAGAUGCAUUAUGGUGGGGUGUAAUUACUCUUUGUACAGUCGGUUAUGGAGAUACAGUGCCUAAAACAUGGAUGGGGAAAAUUAUUGCAGCAUUUUGUGCAUUGGCUGGUAUCUCAUUUUUCGCUCUACCUGCUGGAAUAUUAGGUAGCGGUUUCGCUCUCAAAGUACAACAACAUCAAAGACAAAAACAUUUAAUUCGAAGACGAGUUCCAGCUGCUACAUUAAUUCAAUGUUUAUGGAGAUGUUAUGCUGCAGAUCCUCAUUCAUCAUCAGUUGCAACAUGGAAAAUUCAUAUGAGACCUAUUAGAAAACCUGUUGGAUUAACUAAUUCAUAUUCAAUGACUGAACGAAGUGGUUUUUCUCGAUUUGGUCGAUUUUCAACAUUAAAACGUCGUUCAGAAAAAACUACUUCCAAUACAAAUACAAAUGUUAAUAAUAUUGUUCCUACUAUAUCAACAGAUGAUCCAAUUAAUGAAACACCAAAAUCUGCACCUGUUAAAAGUGAAGAUUUAGAUGUUAUUUAUGCAUUUAUAAAUGAUGAAGAUACCACAAAUUUGCAAAAUAUUCCUAACCCUGUUAAAUCAUCAGAUUUAGACGAGAAAAUAGUAAAAGCAUCAAAUGAACUGUUACCAAUCUUAACAAAAGUACAAACACCAAAUGAUAGACUGUGCACAACUGAUUUACUGUCUACUAGUCAAAGUGAACAUAUCAGUAUAUCAAAAAGUGGGAAUCAUUCAGCGCAACAGAAACAAAAUUUUAAUAGUCAAACAAUGUUUCAACAUGAUCCAUAUUUAUGCUCAUCACGUGGAUCUGAAGUUAUUAUGCAUCCAUUAACUGAAAAAGAAAAAAUUGCUGUACGUGUAAUUCGCAAGCUGCGAUUUUUUGUAGCACGCAGAAAAUUUCGUGAAGCGCUCAGACCAUAUGAUGUAAAAGAUGUAAUUGAACAGUAUUCAGCUGGACAUGUUGAUAUGUUGGCUAGAGUGAAAAUACUUCAAGCGAGAUUAGAUCAAAUUUUAGGAAGACCUGGCUCUAAAGGUGAUGAUGUCUAUGAUUCACAUCAAUGUUUAGCAUCAAGAAUUGUGAAAAUUGAACAUAAGAUUGAUACUGUUGAAAUGAAACUUGACAGAUUGAUCAAUAUUUUAAAAGCUGAUUAUAUGUUUAAAUAUCGUUGUCAAGCAGAAAAUACUGAUGUCAAUGUGAAACAUUCACUGCCGAGUAAUGACCAAUACAUCCAACAAACUAAUUGUUCAGAUAAAGUAAAUCAUCAAACUCAGUGUAAUACACUUUUUUCAACAACAACAGGACAAUAUCCAAAAUUAUCAGAGGAUAAAGUGUUUGUGAUUCAACGUAGAUCAUAUAAUAAGUUUCAGAAACAAAAAUUGCCUGCAUCUGAAAGAAAUUCACUUACUGUCAAUUUUCCAUUAUCACUGAUAAACGAAAGAUGGAAAAGUAUUGAUGUUGAAACACCCUUGAAAAAUAUUUAUCCGAACAAUGAAAAAGUUAUUACAGACAAUACUAUAUACAACCAGGAUAAUGAUAAUACUCAUAAAACAUAUUCAAAAUUACAAUUCACAUCUCAUACUGAAGAAUUUCCUUUAACGAAAAGACGAAGUUUUCCUUUACAAUCUACAUCAUCAUUUAAUAUUUUAUCAAAUAAACAAGCAUUGUCAACUUAUUCAGAAAGUUGCCUAGAAAGAGUUAAUAAUAAUAAUAAUAAAGAUCAUAGUUAUAAAUCAUAUAAUAAUAUGAAAGAAAUAAUACACGAUCCUAAAAAAAUUCAAUAUCCCAUUAAUCCUUAUACACAAACUUCCAUAAAUUAUUCCAAUCUUUCAAAAAGUAUGAAUUCGAUUGCUAUUCCUUAUCGAAAUUCUUCCUCAUUUAAAACAUGCCUACAAAGACAAGAGGAAAUUAUUACUCCUUUAAACUAUGAAUAUAUUGUAGAAGAAGAACAUGAGAGAAAAUCUUUAUUAGAUACAAUGAAUAAUAUAAACAGCUAA